AUGACCAUCUCCGAAGUCCUCACCACCAUCGCCCAAUGGGCCGGCAUCGCCAUGCCCACCAUCUACGCCGGCAUAACCUUCCAAUACUCCCUCACCAUGUCCCUCCUCUCCUCAACCGCCUCCUCCCCCAACUCCCCCCUCCUCGCCCGCCAAUGGCUCGCCCUCUACCAACAAGGUCCCCGCUGGGUACCACCUCUUGUGCAGACAGGCCUGCUGGCGAAUCUGUAUUUGGCUUUUUUCGUUUCGCCUAAUACUCCCCAAUCAUCGGCAGUAGUAGAAACGACAUGGUUAGAGGUGUUAGGGGUGUCAGCAGCAACGGUGGUACGGGUGUUAUACCUCGCGGCGGGUGUGCUGACGAUUUCCAUUUUGCCGUUUACGUUAUUGCAUUUGGAGCCUGGGAUUAACGGGGCGUGUAAGUGGAAGGUGGCUGCUUUGUUGGGCGAUGCUACUGCCGCCAAACAUCAACCCUUCACCCCCGAACUCAGCGGCGUCGGUCGUGGCGUGCGCCGACACACAGCCAGUGAGGCGUCGAAACGGUGGGCGGAAAGUCGAGAUAUGGUUGAGUUGGUGGAGGAAUGGGCGAGGCGGAAUCAUCUGCGGUGGGUUGUUGGGGUGGUCGCGGGGGCGGUGAGUUUUGCGGGGUUGGUUUUACGGGGGUGA